AUGGCCUUGAAUUGUCAGCCCAACUCUCAACUCAACCCAGCCCAACAAACCCUUGGCCCUGUUCGCCGUUCGCCUCUCCCUACUAUCCCGCCGUCGUCUCUCCCUCUAAUCCGCCAUCGCCUCUCCCUCCAAUCCCGCUGUCCCCUCUUCCUCUCACCCCGCGGUCGCCUCCCUCCCAUCCCGCCGUCGCCUCUCCCUCUCAUUCGCCGCCGCAUCUCCCUCUUACCCGCCAUCGCCUCUCCCUCCCAUCCCGACGUCGCCACCCCCGUCGUCGCCUCCCCCUCACAUCCCGCCGUCGCCUCCCCCUCACAUCCCGUCCUCGCCUCCCCCUCACAUUCCGUCGUGGGCGCUUGCGCCUAA